ACAUUGCAUUGUUAAGAUGAAUGAAGAAUGGCGGACGUUGUCAUAUUGGGAUACUUGUUCACAUUUUUACUUAUAAAUACUUGUAGUGGCGUUCCUGGAGUGGAUGUGCCGCAUGACGAUGGCACGGCUCCCAGCACCCAGCCUCCGGACAACCGCCUGGACAGCCGGAUAUCGAUGGAUCACAUGAUGGUGCACCACCCUCGGUUUAAAUGCCACCAGUGCGAGUCUUCGGAGUGCGCAGAAGGGUCCACCCGCGUGUGUCGCGAAGCCCUAUACUGUUACAAAGCUUCGGUGCGCGCGACGGAUGGCUUCCUAGAGCAGACGCGCGGGUGCUCCACUUCUAGUGACCACUACCAGUUUAUAUGUCGUACCAGCCGCCCGCAGCAAGGCAAGCGUCACGCGGGCCAGCUGAACAUCACGUGCUGCCAGGGCGACCUGUGCAACGACGGCAGCUUCCCCGCGCUGCCGCCAGACGCCGCCGUGGAGCCGCUGGCCGGCGGCGCCUGGAAGCUGUGGGCCAGUGUGGGGGCUUCCGUGCUGGCCGUCAGCGCUAUCGGCGCUAUGGCCAUCUUCGUACUGAGGAGGAGUCACAGGCUUCGCGUGUCUCGGGCAGCACUGCACAAGCUGGGAGCUGAUUCAAACUACUUCUCAAGCAACGUAUACAGUCCGCAAGUCACCAGUGCCUACUAUGAAGGCGUGGACGGAUCCCAGAACGGCGGCGGGCUCCGCGCGGUGGCAGCCGGUGACUCCACUCUACGGGAGUACCUGGAGUGCUCCGUGAGCUCGGGCUCCGGCUCCGGCCUGCCGCUCAUGGUGCAGCGGACGCUGGCCAAGCAGGUCACGCUGCUCGACUGCGUCGGCAAGGGCCGCUACGGCGAGGUGUGGCGCGGCUCGUGGUACGCAGACAGCGUGGCGGUGAAGAUAUUCUUCUCGCGCGACGAGGCUUCCUGGCGACGAGAGACAGAGAUUUAUAGCACGGUUUUGUUACGACAUGACCAUAUACUGGCGUAUGUGGGCAGCGAUAUGACCAGUCGAGGGAGUUGCACGCAGGUACGCAUCAUCAAGUCAAAAGACAAU